UUGUUUAAUUAUUUUGCUAAUAUGAAUUGUUACUGUUUCUUAAACCGAGCUGUUCUGUUAUUUUGACGCUCUGCUGUUUGCAACGUACGAGCGCAGUUUCACCAUGGAGGGAACUUCCAAAUGUGACUCUGGUGAACAGCCUUCUGUUGCAGCUGAGGUUCCAUUCCUUCACCUAUGCACUAUUUUAGAGAAAAUCCAGAAGUCUAAACUCCGUCCAGAGAAAUCCAAAGUCCUUGGGGAUUUUAUUGAGUCAUGGAGAAAGUUUCAUUCAGCCCUCCAUAAAGACAACCCUGAGACAACAGACUCUUUCUACCCAGCUAUGCGCCUCAUAGUUCCCUCUUUUGAACGAGAGCGCAUGGCAUAUGGCAUCAAGGAGAGCAUGUUAGCGAAAAUCUACAUCGAUGUAUUGGGCCUCCCAAAGAACGGCACGGAAGCAAAUAAACUGUUAAACUAUCGAGCUCCGACCACAUCUCAAGGAGAAGCCGGAGACUUUGCUGGCAUGGCGUACUUUGUGCUGAAGAAACGGUGCACCAGCCAAGGAAAGCUCAGCAUUAAAGAAGUCAAUGACUUUUUGGACUCAGUGGCCAUCAACAAUGCUAGCAAGCAGAAGGAUCUUGUGAAGAAGAGUCUGCUGCACCUCAUCACCCAGAGCACAGCUUUUGAGCAAAAAUGGCUCAUCAGAAUGAUUCUAAAGGACAUGAAACUCGGGAUCAGCAAAGAAACUGUUCUACAAGUCUUCCACCCAGAUGCUGCUGAGUUCUACAAUGUCAACACAGACUUAAAAAAGGUGUGCCAGCAGCUCCACGACCCUUCUGUGUCUUUAAGUGAAGUCUCUAUCGGACUUUUCUCUGCCUUCAAGCCAAUGCUAGCAGCUGUGGCUAACAUCCGUAAUGUGGAGAAACAGAUGGGCAACAGCCCUUUUUACAUUGAGACCAAGCUGGAUGGCGAGCGUAUUCAGCUGCACAAAGAUGGAGACGUGUACAAAUACUUCAGUCGAAAUGCCUUUGAGUACACACAGCAAUUUGGAGGAUCCCCACUGGAGGGCUCACUGACACCUUACAUCCACAAUGUUUUUAAAAGUCACAUUGUGAACUGUAUCCUUGAUGGUGAGAUGAUGGCAUACAACACAACCACAGAGACCUUCAUGCAGAAAGGGAGCAAAUUUGACAUCAAGAGGCUGAUGGAUGACUCUGAGUUACAGACAUGCUUCUGUGUGUUCGAUGUGCUGUUGGUCAAUAACCAGAAGCUUGGGAAGGAAACACUGAAGAAGCGCCACGAGACCCUGCAGACUGUUUUCAGCCAAGUCAAGGGAAGGAUACAUUUGGUGCCUAAGACUGAAGCCCGAACUAUGCGGGAGGUGGUAAAUGCCCUCAAUGAAGCUAUAGACAACAGAGAAGAGGGGAUCAUGGUGAAGGAUCCUUUAUCCAUCUACAAACCUGACAAGCGUGGUGAGGAAUGGCUGAAAAUAAAGCCAGAAUAUGUUGAUGGCUUGAUGGAUGAGCUUGACCUGCUGAUUGUUGGCGGCUACUGGGGGAAAGGCAAAAGGGGUGGUAUGAUGUCCCAUUUUCUGUGUGCUGUUGCUGAAGCUCCAAAGCCUGGUGAGAAGCCUUCAGUUUUCCACAGUCUUUGUCGCAUAGGCUCUGGCUACACUAUGAAGGAGUUGUAUGACCUUGGCUUGAAGUUAGCAAAGCACUGGAAAGUCUACCGGAAAAAUGACCCACCAGCAUCCAUCCUGUGUGGGACAGAGAAACCAGAGGUCUACAUCGAACCCUGCAACUCGGUCAUCAUCCAGGUCAAGGCAGCUGAAAUAGUUGGAAGUGACAUGUAUAAAACCAGCUGUACACUGCGCUUCCCCAGGAUUGAGAAGAUCCGAGAUGACAAGGAGUGGCACCAGUGCAUGACUCUGGCAGAGCUGGAUGAGUUCCGCAGCAAGGCGUCUGGGAAACUUGCCUCACGCCACCUUCGCAUCAGUGACAAUGAACCACAAAAGAAAAAGCGCAAGCUACCAGUCAAACCCAAAAAGGUGGUCGGGGUCAUUGACCACUUCAAGCCUCAGGACCUCUCUGGUGUUACCAGGGAGAUGGAUAUGUUUGAGGACGUUGAGUUCUGCAUCUUCAAUGGAACCGAGGAUCACCCCAAGGCUGAGCUGGAAAAGGGUGUGGCCAGGUGUGGAGGUAUCGUGGUUCAAAACCCAGGACAGGACACCUACUGCGUGAUUGCAGGUGUGGAGAACAUGCGCGUGAAGAACCUCAUUAUGUCCAACCAGCACGAUGUGGUGUGGGCCUCCUGGCUGCUGGAGUGCCUGGACCAAAAGGAAGUGGUCCCAUGGCAACCACGCCACAUGAUCCACAUGUCACCCUCCACCAGGGAGCACUUUGCCAAGGAGUAUGACGGGUACGGUGACAGCUACUUUGUGGACACAGAUGAGCAGCAGCUGCGGGAGGUGUUUGGGAGGAUCAGGACCGCAGACGUGUCGGCAGCCAUGAACGUCAGCUGGGUAGAGCAGCGUUACAGGUGGGACGACCUACCCACCAGCAUGUUCAGACCCUUCAAAGUUUACAUGGACAGCUAUGAUCCUGAAAGCGCCAUAUCUGCCAGCUGUUUGGACAUCAGGGCACUGGAGUUUCGCUACCAUGGAGGCACAGUAGUGGAGAAAUUAGAGGAAGGAGUCUCACAUGUGAUUAUCACAGAAGAAACCAGACUCCUGGAUUUAAGAACUCAGCGCCGCAGCUUUAGGAAGAAGUUUAAGAUCGUAAGAGACUCAUGGGUGACUGAUUCAAUCAGAGAAGGGUAUCUGCUAAAUGACACUGACUACUUGGUUUGAAGAGUCUUCUGGUGAUAUACCCAGGAUUUAUCUUGACACUGGAGGUAAAUCUUUUAGUUAGCAUCUUAAUUAAUCACUAGUAAGAUUAGCAAUAAACAAUUAAUUGUAUAAGUUGAUCACAAUCUCAAGAGAUAAGUGAGAUACUGUAAGAGGUUUGACUUUAAAGUACACUUCUCAGGGGCUUCGUGCAAACACAGCUUUAUGAGUCUUAUCUUUGUGUUCUUAAUGAGUGAUUAAGGCUGCUUGUUAUUGGUUUUAAAUGAAGAGGCCACAGGGAUUUCACUUCUGAAAGUUACAAUUGCAUUAUGGGGUAUUCAAAUAUCGAAGUUGAUUAAUCUUUUCAGAUGGUUUUUCUCCCUUUAAACUUUUAGCUGAAUAGUUAUUAAAUUAAUUUCUUAAAAGGAGAAGAGGUCUUUCCACUUUACUGAAACCAAAGUUGAAUUCCAAUUCUCUAAGUUUAGUUAUUCUCAGAUUUAAAUUUACCAGUAAUCCACAGUGUACUGACACAUUCUUAUUUUUUUAUUUUGAAGUGACACUUCA